AUGAAGAAUGUUCCUUAUGCAUCUGCUAUUGGUGGUUUGAUGUAUGCUCAAGUUUGUACACGGCCUGACAUUGCCUAUAUCAUUAGUGUACUUGGUAGAUACUUGAGCAAUCCUGGUGAAGCGCAUUGGGUAGCUGCCAAGAAAGUCAUGAGAUAUCUAAAAGGUACCAAAGAUUUCAUGCUUACUUACAAAAGAUCUGAUUCUCUUGAUGUGGUUGGCUACACUGAUGUAGAUUUUGCAGGAUGUCCAGAGGACCUCAAGUCUACAUCUGGGUAUGUUUUCCUCAUGGUUGGUGGGGCUAUAUCUUGGAAGAGUGUCAAACAGACACUUACUGCAUCCUCUACUAUGCAGGCAGAGUAUGUGGCGUGUUAUGAGGCCAAUGUUCAUGCAUUAUAG